CUUCCCCUCCCUCGCACAUAUAUACCCUCCUUUCUCUUCAAACCCAGCCCUCCCCACAAAUCGCAUUCACAAUAAUCUUCUCAUCACCAUCAUCUUCUUCAUCUCAGUUUCUAUUUCAUCAUUUUCUCAGAAUCUCUCACAACAAGUUUCUGCAAAAUGCGGAUGAGCUGUAAUGGAUGUCGCGUUCUCAGAAAAGGUUGCAGUGAGAAUUGUAGUAUCAGACCUUGCUUGCAGUGGAUCAAAUCCCCAGAAUCUCAAGCUAACGCCACUGUGUUUCUUGCUAAGUUCUAUGGCCGUGCGGGCCUCUUGAACCUCAUCAACGCUGGCCCUCAACACCUUCGUCCUGCUAUUUUUCGAUCUCUGCUUUACGAAGCAUGCGGGCGGAUACUUAACCCGAUUUAUGGGUCCGUGGGUCUGUUAUGGUCCGGGAACUGGCAGCGUUGUCAGGCCGCCGUGGAGGCAGUGCUGAAGGGUAAUCCGAUCACCCCGAUCAACUCGGAAGCCGCCGCGAGUGGGCAGGGUCCACCGCUGAAGCCUUACGAUAUACGUCAUGUGUGUAAGGACAAGGACUCGGUCGGGUCGAACGAUGCCCAACGAGUCAAAUCUCGGUCACGGUUCAAGCGAUCAGCCGGGAAGACCAAGAAGCCGAACAAGGGGACGGAGUUGAAGUCCGCUGAACCGGAAGAACCGCGCAGUGGAUGCACUGUGUGUUGUGCGGCCGUUGAUGAAGUGGCGAACCGGUCCGCGAGUCACGAAUCGUCUCUGAGUCACCAGUCGGAGGAGGCGCCGCCGAACGUGGAGACGGCGGCGGAAGAGGAUAGCAAAGAGAGCGACAGCAUGGUGUCGGUAGAGACUGCCGAGACUUCCAUGCUCUUCCGGGACGAACCGGAAUCAGCACGCAAACAGAGCAACGGAGCCGACGAAGCCGGUGGGGCGGACGUCGGGCUAGAGCUGACGCUAGGGUUCAAACCGGCGCUACGUGAGACUCACGUGAUGCCGGUCAAGAAAAGAAAGAUAGAUUUUCAACUUCAAGGCUCAGGUGGUGACUCGGCUAACAAGAAAGUAGCUGGCAUGAAGCUGGGGCUCGAAUGCUCGGCUUGAUGUGGAUACGGCUCGGCUCUCAAUUUUGGCUUAACCGGCUCGACCUUAUUUUCUUGCUUUUUUAUACAGGGUCUUUAGCCUUUUUUUUGUUUGGCGUAACUUUUGUUAAUUAAUUAAUUAUGAUGGUAAUAAUUUUGGGGUUAAGUGUCUAAUGAGAAAGAUGUACAAAGAUGGUUUUGGAAUGUAGAGGAAAAUAGUGCAUUUGAAUCAUUUUGGUUGAAUUGAGAGUACUUGAGUGCUAACAUAACCCGACAGAGGCAAAGGAAAAGUGAAAUAAAAGAAAAAGAAGAAUCCUUGUCUUCGAAUAGGAAUCGUUUUUUGGUACAAUGUUUCCCAGUGAUUCAGGGACAGAAUCACGUACGAUGAUUCAGUGUAGUGGACAUUAUGGUCCGA